UCCAAUUUUUCUGGCUCCAAAGAUGACCAUGGAAUCUGCCAGUGCUCCGUUACCCUCCCGGACACCGCCUUCCCUGUGGAGAGAGUGGAAAGCUUGGAAUUCACAGCUCAAGUUCUCUCUGAGAAGUUCCAGAAAGAGCUUUCUAAAUUAAGGGAAUAUGCCCAAUUAAUCACUGUGUAUGAAAAGAAACUUUUAAACCUAACUUUCCGAGUAGAGAUCAUGGAAAAGGAUACAAUUUCUUUCACUGAGCUGGACUUCACACUGAUCAAGUUAGAAGUGAAGGAGAUGGAGAAACUGAUCAUACAGCUGAAGGAGAAUUUUGUUGGCAGCACAGAGAUCGUUAACCAACUGGAAGUGGAGAUAAGGAAUAUGACUCUCCUGGUAGAGAAGCUCGAGACGCUAGACAAAAACAAUAUUCUUGCCAUUCGCCGAGAAAUCGUGACUCUGAAGAACAAGCUAAAGGAGUGUGAGGCCUCCAAAGGUGAAAAUGCUCCUGUCUCUCCCUCUCUUCCUGAGCCAGGGAGCUGUGGUCAUGGAGGUGUGGUGAACAUCAGCAAACCAUUUGUGGUCCAGCUUAACUGGCAAGGUUUUGCCUAUAAGUUUGGUGCCUGGGGUCGCGAUUACUCUCCUCAGCAGCCAGACAAGGGGCUGUAUUGGGUGGCACCUUUGAACACAAAUGAGAGAUAUCUUGAAUAUUACAGACUGUACAAUACACGGGAUGAUUUGUUACUGUACAGAUAUUAUCAGCAGAAUAGGAUCACAUAUGGUCAAGGCAGUGGCGCAGCAGUUUACAAUAAAAAUAUGUAUGUCAACUGGUACAACAGUGGAAACAUUGCCAGAGUUAACCUGACCACCAACAAAGUUGAAGUGACUCAAAGUCUCCCCAAUGCUGUCUAUAAUAAUCGCUUUUCAUAUGCUAAUGUUGCUUGGCAAGAUAUUGACUUCGCUGUGGAUGAGAAUGGAUUGUGGGUGAUUUAUUCAACUGAAGCCAGCAAUGGUAACAUAGUGAUUAGUAAACUCAAUGACACCACUCUGGCUGUGCUAAACACUUGGCAAACUAGUCAGUAUAAGGCAUCUGUUUCUAACGCCUUCAUGGUAUGUGGGGUGCUCUAUGCCACCCGUAUUCUAAGCACCAAAACAGAUGAGAUCUUCUACUCCUAUGACACAAAAACAGGGCAGGAGAGCAGAUUGAAUAUUGUCUUUCAUAAGAUGCAGGAAACUGUGCAGAGUGUGAACUACCACCCUUACGAUCAGAAACUUUUUGUCUAUAAUGAUGGCUACCUUCUGAAUUAUGACCUUUUCUUUGGCAAGUAA